AUGUACAAAUUGUGGAUAGUUUUUGGUGGUCAACCAUUUCAUUUCGGACUCAAAGAAUUCGGCACAGUCACGGGUUUGCCUUGUGGUGAGUACCCGCCAAACUACGACCCGGAUUACCAACCCCCUACCCCCAAAAAUCCAGGUGAUUACUGGAGGGAUCUAAUUGGUGAUGAUCCCAAAACUAUGUUGGCUGAUUUUGCCGAGCUGCUCCGUAAAGAGCCAGAUAUGCUUACGGGUAGGAAAAUUCAUCUCGCUUUGCUUAUUAUUGUCGAUGGUGUGCUCAUCGCUAACUCCCCAGUUCACAAACCGUCUUGGAACUACGUCCGGAUGCUGGAAGAUUUAGAUGCUUUAUUAAGAUUCCCGUGGGGUCGUGAAUCUUUUUACCGGACCAUCUGCUGUAUGCGUCCUGCCAAGAAGGGUUCCACCAUAAAUGAGGCUUCAGUUGAACUAUUCUGUCAACAAAUGCGCCAAGCUACUUUUAGGCUGCAAGGUUUCCCAUUAGCACUGCAACUUGUUGUCUUCCGUGCAUGUCCUUUACUACCAUCUAAGUUACCAAAGGACUCUGACCAUCCAACAUUGCUGGAAUGGACUACUGUAACAUUCUCAAAAGGGAAUGCUCUGUCUCAUUCAGACGUUAUAGAAAUAGAAUUCUCAGACGCGCUCGUUGUCCACCCGCUUAUACCAGUAGAUCAGCCUGAUACCGAGGGUUGGGGAGAUUGGGAUGAUGAAGUUAGGGACAAAAACAUUGACCACCUUGAGCUUCUUGUCAAUCAGGGUCAUGCUUUCCAAAAGUCGAAUUGGCACGGUGGAGAUUCAGCAGAACAAUUGACAACACAUAACCCAACCGUGCCAAAAAGGGAACACCAGAAACACAUCCUCAAUAGGAGAACAAAGACGUCGUCUCCCCCAUGCCCAUAUUCACUUCGCCCAAGGAAAGUCACACCAAAGAAAAAGUCUACUCGUACACAGAAGCAAAUCCAUGACUAUCUCAAGCCUCUGCCGCGUGACUUGCAUUCCCAGGUCAACAUACUUGCCAAGCAGGUUGAGACAUUGACGGCCCGUGUCCAGAAACUAGAAGCCAAAAACACGUUUCGCAACCACUCAGGCCUCAAUCAUUUUUCAAGGAUGGGAGAGUCCGCUGCAUUCCAACCGGGCCUUAACCUUGUUGACCAGUACCGUUCAUUGUCGCACGAAGACGUUCCAACUUAUCCAUACCAUACAGGACGGGAUAAUCUAAUGGAUGUUGAUGAGAUCGAUCCACAAACCGUUUUCUUUGUAUCAGAACAUGGCCUUAUCACAUCAGAAAAUCCUUACACGACCUCUAAUGUACAAACACCCUUACUCUUACUUAACGAGAAUUACGCUUCCCCAUUACAUAUAUUUCAGGAGCAUGUUGAAUUCGAUCCAACACAAACCAAUCAUCAAAACCUCAACGCUGGUACAGACACAGCUACACCAACAAUCCAUUCCAUCGUCCAUGAUGACUAUUAUUCAGCUGAUCGCUAUCUCGUUAACAUGCCCAACUCCUCUGCAAACUCUGGAGGUCCAAUUUCUCCUUCCAACAAUGAAGACAUUUUAAUGUCUACUCUUGAUGAGAAAUUAGUUUUCUCAAUCCCAAACAACGAUGCUAUACGUCCACUCCACCCUACCUUAUUGCCAGCUCACGAUGCAAGCGGAAUAAAAACACCCAAAACUGCGGCAGGCAAAGCGAGUACAACAACUCAAUCUUCACCACCUGAUGACCAAGACAUUCAGGAUCUUAGUGAUUCUUCUGAAUGCUCUGAAAGGAAACCACAAAGCCUUUCAUCACCUGAGAAAGAACUAACCUUAUUAUUCCUUAACAAAACCCACAAAUACAAUCAAACCGCUUCUCCCAAAAGUGGAUCAAAAGGAAUACAACAUAUGGACGUACUUAUGAGGUUCCUUAGAAGUCGUCACAAAGCUAUCCUCACAACCAAUCGAGCCUGUUUUGCGACCUUUUGGCUCAUUAGCCAUCUACAAGGCAAAUACCGAGCUUUCAAAGCUUCUAAAGACAAAUCCAAGCACCGUUGGGACGAACUGCUUUCAAAAUACAUCCACCUUAAUGGAAAAGGGUUGUUCGACGAUGUCGACACCAUAUAUGCCCCGAUGAAUUGGAACGACGCUCACUGGGUUGGCUUGGUUAUUAAUCUACCAGGUUGGUCUGUUGAGAUUCUAGACUCAUUUCCUACAUUAAACGACCAACCCAAUGUCACUCAAUUCAUGGAACCAGUGACUACCCUCCUACCAUAUAUCCUAAACAAACAAUGUCUGAAUGAUGUUACAUAG